CCACCGGCGCCUCCUCAGGAGCCGGGGUAGGAUGCUUCGCCGCGGUCGUAAGGCGUCUGAGCGGCGAAGACACCCGAGCGACUGCCUCAGCUGGCAGCAGGACCAGGCGCUGGGCAGCAGCAUCUAUCUCCUGCGAGAGAUGGGUCCCACCGGCUUCCUGCUGAGGGAGGAAGAGCCGGAGAACGGGGAUUUCCGAGUUUUCCUAGGAAACCCCCAUGUCUGUAACUGUUCCACAUUUCUGAAAGGAGGGGAGCUUUGUAAGCAUAUAUGCUGGAUCCUGUUGAAAAAAUUCAAGCUUCCUAGGAAUCAUGAAUCUGCUUUCCAGUUAGGUCUUACAGAAAGAGAAAUAAAUGACUUGCUGCGGGGGAUACACAGAGCUCCAACCCCACAGCCAGGAAGGCGCGAUGCAGCGGCGGAAGGAACCGGGUCCAUGCUGCAGAAGGAGAUCGGUCCGGAGGACAUCUGCUCCAUUUGUCAGGAGGAGCUCCUGGAGAAGAGGCUCCCUGUCACCUUCUGCAGAUUUGGCUGUGGCAAUAAUGUUCAUAUCAAAUGCAUAAAGAUCCUGGCUAAUUACCAGAAUAUGACCUCCAGCUCUUCCGUGGUGAAAUGUCCUCUGUGCAGGAAGGAGUUUGCACCACUGAAAGUGAUUUUGGAAGAAUUCAAAAACUCAUGCAAACUUGUGGCUGCUGCUGAGAAAGAACGGCUGGACAAACACCUUGGAAUCCCCUGUAACAGCUGCAAACAGUUUCCAAUAAAGGGAAGAUGUUAUAAGUGCACGGAAUGUAUAGAAUUCCACUUAUGCCAGGAAUGCUUUGAGAGCUGCGGCCACGCCCCGCACACGUUCGCAUUUCGCGAGAAGAGAAACCAAAGAUGGAGAUCGCUAGAAAAAGAACCACAUGAAGACAUAACAUAUUCAAAUAUCAAAAGUAAGAUAGAAGAAAAGAUGCCACAUUAUCAAGAAAAGCAAGGCCAGGUUUGCACUCCGAAACACGUGGUGAGGUCCCUCCCUCUCCUACUGGUUACAAAGAACAGCAAGCUGCUUGCUCCAGGCUGCCAAUGUCGGCUGUGUUUGAAGUCAUUUCAUCUUGGUCAACAUUCAAGACUGCUGCCGUGUUCCCACAGGUUUCAUAGGAAAUGCAUUGACAAUUGGUUGUUCCACAAGUGCAACUCAUGCCCUAUUGAUGGACUGGUCAUUUAUAGCCCUUUAAUCUGGAAAAGCACAGCAGUGCAUGGGCAGGCACACCCACCAGCCUCAAACAUAGACAUCACGCAUCUGUCAAAGCAGGAAGAGCCAAAACUUCUCAUUCCUGGUACCGGAUUAAUUUUAAAACAAAACAGACCUGGAUUUUUACGUAGCAUUCCUCAGAGUAAUUCUGAAAAACUGAAUACACUUCAAGGUCCAACAAAUGUCUAUCAGGAUAUAACAAUAGACGAUCUGUGCUCAGUCAAAUUAGAUGAUUCAAAGUCAAGAAAAUUACUCUAUGAAUAUAAAAUCAGCCAGCAUUUCCCCAGGUACCUUCAAGACCUGCCCAGUGGAUCACUUGGGAAAAUAUCAUCUCAAAUAUUUCUCCCUUCCCUUGCUCCUAAGCAUGCGCAAUGUCACACUGCCAUGGAAAGCCCACGUGGUGGUCAAAAAUACCACAGUGGUCUGGGUCAGAAGGUGAUCAGAGGGUUUCAACAUGUUCACCACAAUGGAGAGAGGACCCGUGGUACUAAAGUGAGCGAAGACAGUAGGGGAUCAAACAUUUCACUUCCAGAGGAUUUAAAGCUCAUUGUUAAUGGGAAUAUAACUAAUCUUAGUGUGUCUAAAAGAUGUAAUAAUUACAUGGGAAAAGUCAGACGAAAAUGUUAUCUAUCAAGACAACCUGUAUCUUAUGCUUCAAAGAGUACUGCACCAUCUUUCAUAAUGGAAGGGGUGCAACUGUGAAAAAGUUUUUUUGAUU